CGUGUGCGGUUACCCCCUGCGCUACUCAACCUAUAUCUCGAACUCGAAGGUAUUGCUGCGCCUUGUCAUGAUCAAGCAGAACAUUGUCCUGUACAGUGACUCCAUAUCGCCAUCUGCUGCCGGAAGACUGAACACAAACAUUUGCAAGCUAGUAUCGUAAAACUCAAAACUAAGCGUAUUACGUUAGUAGAAUUACAAGUCAGCUAACAAAACCAAAUGUUAUAGAGUAUCAUACAUCAGGCUGAAUAACUGGCUAAACUGCUUCGCUCAAUAAGAUCGGAUUCACGUUUCCACAGAUUAUGUAGUUGCAAAGCGUUGGCACUAUCAUCCUUUGAUUGCUUGAUUUGAUUUCUGUCAUUUUGUUUUCGCCGGAUUGUUUGUUUUCUUAUGACCUUGCUCAGAAUUAGCUUGCUUAGGAUUUGUGGCCUCCUGAUUGGCGUAUUGUGUGACAUACCCUUUUUCCGAGCUCUUGCGUGCGCUUACCGAUGUGUCAAUCACGUUAAAGGCGGGUCUUGUGUGACAGACAAUUCAGGAAGCCAGCAAGGAUCAGUUUCGUUAAGGUUGCUGUCUGAACUACUCACUGAAAUUCUGUAGAAUGUUUUAAAUUUUAUGAAUGCACUCCUCACUUGUUUCUUGUGCUUUUGCAAAUUUAUUGUUUUUAUAUUACUAAAAUAGCGCGACCUAAAGACCUGAGCUCUCCUCUGGGUUGUGGCGAUGGUUGGCUAUGACCCACGUGCAGAAAGAAAAGCGCUCAGCCCCGAGGAGGCGGCAUUGGCCGGGUCCGCGUCGGGCUUUGUUACGCGUGCCAUGAUCAGUCCCCUGGACGUCAUCAAGAUCCGAUUCCAGGUGCAGAUAGAGCGGGUGUCGUCCCGCUGCCCCCAGGGCAAGUACUCGGGGCUGUGGCAGGCGUCCCGCUGCAUCCUGGGGGAGGAGGGCGUCACCGCGUUCUGGAAGGGGCACGUCCCCGCCCAGCUGCUGUCCGUCUGCUACGGGGCCGUCCAGUUUGCCAGUUUCCAGUUUCUGACGGAGUUUGUGCACAAGAGCACCCCCUACAGCAGCCAGAGGGCCGACGUGCACUUCGUGUGCGGGGGGCUGGCCGCCUGCUCCGCCACCGCCGUCUGCCAACCCCUGGACACGCUAAGAACACGCUUCGCUGCACAGGGGGAACCCAAAGUCUACCACACGUUGAGGCAUGCGGUCUCCACCAUGUACCGCACAGAGGGCGUCCCGGGCUUCUACAGGGGCCUGACCCCCACCAUAAUCGCUGUUUUCCCCUACGCGGGCCUGCAGUUCUUCUUCUACAACGUCUUCAAGAACCUCCCAUGGCUGCAGCCCAAAGAGCCUGGCGCUAGAGGAAACCUCCAGAACCUGCUCUGUGGCAGCUGUGCAGGCGUCCUCAGUAAGACGAUGACCUACCCCUUCGACCUGUUCAAGAAGAGACUGCAGGUGGGGGGGUUUGAGAAGGCCCGGGAGUGCUUCGGACAGGUGCGGUCCUAUCGGGGCUUUGUGGACUGCGCGGUGCAGAUCGCUAAAGAGGAGGGCGCUCGCGGGUUCUUUAAGGGCCUGUCCCCCAGCCUGGUGAAGGCGGCCAUGUCCACAGGCUUCACCUUCUUCUGGUACGAGCUCUUCUGCAGCGCCCUCUGCAGGCUGAAGGAGAACUAGCGCUCUGCGGGACGCCCCUGGGGGCGGGGCUGCCGCACGGCACAGUCACGCGCACAGGAUCACAAAGUGCCGCAGGAGGGCUGGGGUGGGGUUUAGGUGAGAAGGAGGAGGAAAAAGUCCUUAUCCACUGGCCUCCCCUGCGGUGGCGUCCUCCUCACAAUGCUGCUUCCGUCUCUCAGAGCUCCUGACCGUGCUGCUUCCGUCUCUCAGAGCUCCUGACCGUGCUGCUUCCGUCUCUCAGAGCUCCUGACCGUGCUGCUUCUGCCCCUCAGAGCUCCUGACCGUGCUGCUUCUGUCUCUCAGAGCUCCUGACCGUGCUGCUUCUGCCUCUCAGAGCUCCUGACCGUGCUGCUUCUGCCCCUCAGAGCUCCUGACCGUGCUGCUUCAUGGUCUGGUCACUCUCAGGCGGGUGUGUGUACAUUACUGCAGCCUCUGCUGUAGAGAGAUUUGUCCGCUUGUAGCUCUGUAUGAUGACUCUUUCCUCAUCUGUGUGUAAGUAAACAAGAAGCCGGAAGUACUGCAGUAAAUCUGCACAAGAGAAAUGUGAGGCGUAAGUUGCCCUCGAGGUGGGGGGGUGGGGGUGGGGGGGGGUCUGUGUAAGGUGAAAGGGCGACAUGCUGUUUAAUGCUCCCAAGUGAAAUUUACUGCCUCACCACGGACAGAAUUAUGACCAGAGAGCGGGUCACCAGACGAAGACCAGCUUGGUCAAGGCAUCGUCUUCGUCCUGCAGCCAGAAUGUUUUACUUCGCUUUAUUUUAUGUGUUCUACUCUGCGCCGUGUGGUUUUCCUUUGUGCGAUUUGCCUCAUGCCCAACUCCAGGGCUCAUUUUUUUUUGGUUGUGCGUAUCAUAAACUUUAAUAGUGUUUUUAGCAAACGUGAACCAUGCUUCUGAUGCCAUGACAGUGUUCUCGCAGGGGUGAAAGUGCUCUCUUCAGGGACCUGUGUCAGUCAAUCCAAGUAAAUCCAAGUUUUUUAGUUCGACAAACAGUUUGGCAAGUUAGUUAUGGUGACUGCUGUACUUGCCAAAUGUGUUCAGGGGGGAGGGGGAACCGCUUCCCUGUAGAAGUGAAAUUUUGAUUGAUCCCUGGCCAGUGUCCCUCCAAAGAGCUACCCAGGAAUAAGGAGCGCUGCUAUCUCUCCGUAUACCUCAUGCAAUGGUGCAGCUGAACAACGUCUCUCCUCCCUGUGCACAAAUGCUCUGCUCUGGAGAAAAUCCAUGGCAGGAAUAUUUACUGGUCUGUUAUUUGUAUCUGUAGGUUUAAAGUGCGGUGGUGGUUUGACAGUGUUGGUGUGGGAUGGGUUUGUUAUUGUUUCAUGGCAGUUAAACACAUGAGAAAAAUCACGUUUGGCAGCGGUUCGCAAAAACCUCUCUUCAGGGACCCCGAGCCAGAUUCAGGUAUUUGAUGUGUUCUACCUCAAGCACACCUGAUACAGCUAGCCAAGCGUUUGAUGGAAAACUUCAGAUACCUGGCAUCUGGCAGGGGGUCUCUGAGGAGAGGUCUGGGAACCACUGAUUUUUGGGAACACAAGAGGAACAAUGUAUGUUAAUUUGCAGUGGUUUGUUUUCAUAAGAGAACACACCAUCGGUUGAAUUACAUCUAAAGUAAAUCAACAUGAACGAACUGGAAGAAGUGCUGCCCACACUUUGAAAACCCACGAGGUUUUAAGAAGGGAAUGAGGGUGUCGAAUUGGUUUUCCACCAAAGACACUGACACUUUUUAUGCUUUGGUUCUCAUCUUGCUUUGGUGCUAAAGUAUUUAUACAUAUUUUCGAAACAGGAUGUAAUUGUCAGUGUGGUCUUUUGUCAGAACUCUCAUGCUUUUAUCCAUUUUAUUUUGUUACUAUGUAUUUAACGGCAAGGCGCUUAUCAAGGACAGCAUAUGUUACCUGUGCCUUACAGCUUAGCACUUUUAGAUGUUUUAUAACGACAUCAUAUUUAGUAGCUAUUGGAACAGAUUAGUGUUGGCCAUUAUAGGUUAAUUAUUAUUAUAAUUAUUAUUAUCAAUUACAUUUAUAUAGCACUUUUCCAAAUGCUCAAAGUCCUUUACAGUGAAGGGGAACUCACCUCACCCACCACCAAUGCUAGCCAUGGGAGUUGUUAGCCCCGAUUUAGCAAAGCAUACACAUGCUGUACAUGGCAUGCAGCGUAAAAUUAAGCAGACGUGCCAUUGACAUAUUGGUCUUACUUGCCUAUUAAUUAAAAAAUAAGAUUUUUUUUUUUUUUUGAAGCAUGACCUCACUCUUUGGCUUGCAAAGUACUCAGGCUUCAGCAUUCUGUUGAGCUGCAGUGCCGUUGACCAAACACCACCUAGUACAGUACAGUAAUUAUGACUAUAUUUAUUUUGUUUCUUUUGAAAUAUUGUAAUGUCAUACAUCUGCAUCAUUGUUUUUUGUUUUACCUCAUAUUUAACAUCACCCUGUUAAACCAUGGAAAGAGUGUAAUGUCUGUACUCCUUUACUAUAAAAAAAAGUGGCAAAUGUGUUUAUUUUUAUGAAAAAAAUUAAAUUUUUUAUGAAGUGCAA